UGGGAGGUUCAGAGAUCAGAGACACCCAGCACUCCGAUGUGACCGACUCGCAGGGGACGGAGCAGUUGAUCAUUUCUAAUCGAUCCAAGUGUGGAGAGAUGCAUCACCAAAACCAGCACUGUUCUCUCUCAGACAGACAGCGUAUCUGCUGUCAUAGUUUGACGAGACAUCAUGGAGGAUUUGAAUACGAUUCAACUAGGCAGCAACAGAAGGAGGACACCAAUGUCCCGGGGACGCAAGAAUGUCCAACUGUGUGUUAUUAUGCAGGAGACAGUGAGCUCACCCAUGCGUACAUUCAGAACGAGACUGAUUCCUGCUUGAGUGAUUCUGGAAGUGAUUUUGGAGAAAUGUGCCACCAGCAGGAUAUCCACGAUGUCCUGAUGGAUCCAUGCCUCCAAACCUGUGCUGGUAGAGAACACAACCCUGAAGUGUCUCAUCCUCAAACCAGUGGAAGAAUGAAUGAAGAGCCAGAACAGAGUCAAGACACCGUAUGUCCAUGCAGUGCUGUACAUUCAAGAUGGAGUAGCAACCAAUGGCCAUCUUUACCUCCUCCGUGUUGUAAUGUAAGAAACGCAUUGGUGGUGGGUGUCGAAGUGGAUGUUCUAGAAGAGGUGGUCUACGAAGACACGGAAAUUGUUCAAACACAGACCAUGUUUGAUGGCUGCCUGGAGGAUCAUCUGAUGGACUCCACCUCAUGUUAUUGUGACCAGUUGUUUUUCAUGUGACUGUAACAAAUGAUAUUAUUAUUCCUUACAUUAUUAUACAUUAUCAUAUACAUUAUAUUAUUAAUAUUAAUAAUAGCAGGCUUAUUUUUGUCAUCUGUGUGUGUUUACAAUGUCUUUAGGAAAAAGUGCUAUAUUCAGAAUAACAGUCAUUUUGUCAUUCAGAGUGCUAACUAUUAAGAAAUAAUAAUAUUAUUAUUUCCGGUUGCUUCGUAUUUAGCAGCAUUAUGAUAAGAGUGGCUGAUAUUACUUUUAAAUAACUGAAGCAUUGAUUAAUGUAAGUUAGCUUUUGGCAUGUCAUAAAGACUUUAAUAAAUAAAAGAGUGGGAAAUUUAUUUGGUCUGAGAUGCAUUUGGUAAGAUAUUGAAUAACCAGACAACAGGGAGGAUAAUAAUAUAAUAAUAAUAAUAAUAAUAAUAAUAAUACUGAGACUAUAAUAGUCUACAAUGAUAAUGAUAAUAUUUAACUUUUUAGGCUAUUUUGAUAAGAAUUGCAUGUGUUGUGUAUUAAAUAUACUGUACCUCAUCUUCAAGGUUAUUUUGUUAAUUCAAUUCCAAGAAUUGCCAGAAAGCCACUUUUAUUUCCUCUUAAUCCUUCAUUGCUCUGUACUUUGAUUGGAUUCUGCCUCAUUUUGUCAUUUUGAGUAAAAGUGUCUGCUAAAUGAAUAAAUAUAAAUGUAUAUGAGAUUA